GUCAAGUUUGCGUUGCAUGAUAUCUGUCAACUUCUCUAUAUCCAAAGAGCGAGUUAGCUAAUGUGGUAGAUGGCGGGAGUGAUCUCGUGUGAUAUAACUGUGUUAGAUUAGUUUUUAAAUUUUAGUGUAAUAUAAGAAAUAGUUAUUAAAAAUGACUAGAGCUAAAAUAGAACUCGGCGAUGUGACACCGCAUAAUAUUAAGCAAUUAAAGAAGUUGAAUACAGUUGUAUUCCCAGUGUCCUACAACGACAAAUUUUAUAAAGAUGUUUUGGAAGCUGGUGAAUUAGCUAAGCUGGCCUAUUAUAACGAUAUUGUGGUUGGGGCUGUUUGUUGUAGAAUAGAUACAUCAGAUAACUCUAGAAGAUUGUAUAUAAUGACCUUAGGUUGUCUAUAUCCCUACAGAAGACUUGGUAUAGGCACUCUGAUGGUGGAACAUGUGCUCAAGUAUGUUGAACAGGAUGGCAAUUUUGAUAGUAUUUUCUUACAUGUGCAGGUCAAUAAUGAGGGUGCGAUAGACUUUUAUAAGAAGUUUGGUUUUGAAAUUGUCGAAACAAAAGAACAUUACUAUAAACGGAUAGAGCCGGCAGAUGCUCACGUCUUACAGAAAACCAUAAGACAACCACAGUAUACAACGCUGUAUAACGGGAGCGUGCCCCAUGCGAAAACAAACGGUCAUGACUGAACAAAUCUUCCCGUCGUCUCAAAUCAACUGUGAAAGGCAAGUGAUAUAAAAUAAGAAUCAUAAUAAGGUCACUUUUAUAUUUACAUAAUUGAAGAUUGUAAUAGAAACGAUAAUUUGUAUGCGGUUGUACAAUGUUCUUAUCAUAUUUGACUGAUACAAUUCUUGUAACGAUUUCAUUGGGAUGUAAUGUAGUCCGCAUGUUGACCAAAAAACUAAUACAUUUGCAUUUUUCAAUAUGCGCCUACAAUGUAUACAUUUACAUGAAAUUGUACUAUCUAUAAAUUUUUCUAUCUAGCUUAGUGUUUGUAAAUGAUUUUCUCUCUGAAUUGGAUAUGUGUAAAGUAAUAUAAUAUUAGCUCUAGACAUUCUUUUAACUAAACUUAAUGGCAUGUGAACUGUGUCCAUUUUUUACUGUACUUGUACAAUUAAGAUAAGUAUAGAUGCUCUGGUUAUUAUUAUUUUUUUUAACAAUACAUUUGUUUCACCUGAAAAUUCAAUAUUAUCGGCUCACAAAUUAUUUGCGUUUAUGUUUGGUACUAAAAUAUUUGUUAUGUAUCAGGUGUUGUUAUAUAUACAGAAACUAUAUUUAUUCUCUUUUUUAUCCCACAAAUCUUUGUUGAAGUUUUUCUUAUGGUCCAUGUAUUUAAUGUAACGUCAAAUAAAAUAUUUCCUUUGUUAACUGUAGAUGUUACCGAGUCAUUUUCCCGCUGUCAAAAAAAAAAUAAUUAAAAAAAUGGUAAUACUUUUGACUAUCACGAUUCUCUGAAAUUUUAGAAUUAGUUCAAUAAACAUGAUUAACAAUUAA